AUGUCGAACCCACAACCGCACAACUGCAACAUUACUCCUAUGAAACUGAUGGAGAAGAUCUACCAAAUUAUCCAGAUCCUCCAGACCCUCAGCACUCUGAUAUCGGAAGUCCAGGCUCUCUGUGUUCAAGGACUCCUUCGUUACAUAUUCGGCAUUCUGUUCUACUUUACGCCGCAGCUGAACCCGUUCCACUUAUUGGAUGCGUACAGGGCCGCCACCAAGGACAAGACCUUUGUCUUUACUUCGGCGAAGCCACAAGAUGGGCAGACACCCGGUAACGGCGGCCAGUCACCCCCACAGGAAGGCUCCAACAAUGGCAGCGAUUCGCCCAAAAAAGACGCAACAGAACCUCCAGCUCCUUGCGGAUGCACAGCAUGA